AUGACGGGCCUCGAGGCACUAGGAUUGGCCUGCAACAUCAUGCAGGUCCUAAGUUUUAACAUGACGGACGACUCUACCCUCUAUUGGGUUUUGCUGCUUCUUUUAUUUUUCUACGUUGGAACCGAAAACUUUGUCCGAUUUUGCCGCCGUGUCCGCUUGGUCUACCGCCUCGCUGCGAGCUUCUACCGCCACGGACGCAUCGUCAUCCCACCCGCCCUCGACCGCCGAGACGAUGGUGCAGCGGGCGCAGCGGAACCCGGCUUGACUCUCGUCAUCGGCGCGCUGGUAACGGAUAUCCAUGACAUCAAAAGGGAGCUAUUGCAGCUCCGGCAAGCUCUGGGGCUGCCGGCCGAUGGGGCUGACGGCUGGCGAGGGACGGGACCCCGACAUGACGAAAGGCUAGGCCUGUCGACGGAUCUACAAAGCGACACGUUUGCCCAAGCAGUGCCAAGCAAGUGGAACGUGAACACGAGCUGA